AUGGGAGAAGCCAGAGCCAUUGUCACACCAACUGCUCCUAACAUAUCUCUUUCAAAAUUUGAAGGAGAAAAACUCAAGGACGAAACUCUUUAUAGAAGCAUUGUGGGCGCACUUCAAUAUGUGACCCUCACACGUCCGGACAUUGCAUAUACAGUCAACAAGGCAUGUCAGUUUCUUCAUGAACCCACUGAUCUUCACUGGACUCAUGUAAAACGGAUCCUUCGGUAUCUUCAAGGAACUCGAGCUUAUGGUCUACAUAUAAAAGCAUCCCCACAUUGGAAACUUGAAGCAUAUUCAGAUGCUGAUUGGGCUGGUUGUCCUGAUGACAGAAGAUCCACAAAUGGAUUCGUCACUAUGUUGGGUGGAAACAUAAUAUCUUGGGGAUCAAACAAACAACAUACAGUUGCCCGUUCAAGUACGGAGGCAGAAUAUAAGGUAAUGGUGGGAGCUACUGCAGAACUUACAUGGCUAAGGCACCUUCUCAACGACUUACAGGUCCCACUACAUGAUGUCCCUAUAUUAAAGUGUGAUAAUCUGGGAGCCACCUAA